GAGCUCCGCUGUACAUUGAACCUAACUUACUUGUCCUACUUAAUGUGUCGCGUUGUAAUUUUAUGUGUUUAUCUUUAAUUGUAUAUUAUUACUCAACAACAUGUUAUUUUCAGUAGCAAUAAACCUUUCAUAAGAAUCGGUCGUUUACUCAAUUAACAUAACAUUUAACAUUAUCAAUUAAUAUAACAUUUUCGAUACUCCUUAUCAACAUAACAUCUCACUGUUGGGAGUUACGCCCCAACAUAUGGUCCUUCGAGCAAAAAUCUGUGAUUUACACCUUUUACGGUCGCGAAUCGGUUGGACUGGUCUCCCACAAGCGGGUCGCCCCAGUUACCAAUUGAGAAGGCGCAUACACCGCAAAUAGGUAAAAUCGCACAACACAAAGUACCAGGAGUGUGGAGAAACAGUUGACGCUGCAAACAGAAGAGUUAAUCUUGCUGUCGACAAGGACAAAUAACAUAAACAACAUGUCGUUAGCUGAUUUAUUCCAAAAUCAGAACGAAAUCUACGACAACAUAAAGAAGAUCGGAAUAAACAUCAAGAAAGAUGGUUGGGAUAGAAAAAAUGCCGACUAUUUCAAACGCCGAAAGGCAAUGUUGGAGAACCUUUGGUCAGAAUUUCAGUUUAAUCAUGACCGCCUAACUACAGAGCAAAGUGGAGGACAUCCUUACUUUGCAAAUGACUGCUAUAAUAUAACGCUACAGUGCUACAAUGAAGUAAAGGAACUUAUUCUUCAACAACACCAACAACUGACGUCCCUAGCUCGCUCUCCUAGGGAGCAGCCAGUACAAAUAAAAGCAGCGGGAGGGGCCAACCAGCUAGGAGGGGAAGGCACCGCCGCGGAUCAAACAAAACAGGAACAAGAAGCUUCGACGAGCGAGAGGGCAGAGCAAGCCAGUGAUGCUAAUCGAAACAGAGAGCCAUCACCUUCUCGAACAGAACAAAUCACUGAGAAAAAGGAUAUGGGAUCCAAUAGCAAGCUGGACGAUAUGAUGCGCAAACAAACGGCUAACUUUAAAGCGUUCAUGAGAGCAGUUGCGAACAUACACGUGGAAUUCCUAACUGAAAAAUGGGAGCUUCAAGACGCUCUACAAACAUUACAAUCACGCUGGUCAGCCAUCGACAACCUUCACUGGGAGAUAGAGUGCGAGACAAACGGAGAGAAGAUGAUAGUCUACGACGACCGCUACACCAGGUAUGAAAACCAGUUUCAACAACUAAAAAGAGCUUUGAACACCAAAAUGUGGUCCGGCACUCAUCGCGAGAAAACAACACCGAAAUUAGAGAUACCAGUUUUCCACGGUAACUACAACCAGUGGAUCCCAUUUAAAGACCUUUUCACGGAAGCAAUACACAAUAACAACUCCCUUUCGUCUGCUCAGAAGAUGCAGUUUCUGAAGAGUAAGGUACAAGGAGAAGCAGAACGCUUGAUCCAACACCUACAGAUAAGCUCUGAUAACUACCUCGUGUGCUGGGAAAUCCUCAAUCACCGUUACAACAAUGAAAAACUUAUAUUCACAUCGCACAUAAACAUGCUUUUUAAUCUGCCCAAUAUGCAACAACAGACAGUCGCUCAAUUAAAGAGAAUUCAUGACGUAACCAUAGAAACACUCUAUGCGAUAAAAAAUUUGGGUGUGAAUGUUGAUACUUGGGACCCGAUUCUUGUACACAUACUAUCGCAAAAAUUAGACGCAGAUACUCAUUCAGAGUACCACGACUCGCUGAAGGAUUGCCGGAAGUUGCCAAAAUUAAAAGAUCUGUUAGAUUUCCUAGAAGCGAAGUUUACAUCGUUGGAAGCAUCGCGCCGCAAACAAGAAAACAAUCAAAAACCAAACACGUCAUCGGGCCAACAACAAAAUCAUUCAUACUUUAAAAAACAAUACAGCAGUAAUCAAGCCUCUAGCAACAAGAAAAUUACGAAAUCAUUCCAUGUGUCAACGAUCCGAUGCCCUAUUUGCGAUGGCGAACAUGGCAUGUACAAUUGCGCAAGGUUUUUAGAAAUGCCCAUUCAGUUAAAACUUAACACAGUAAACAAAAUGAAUAUUUGUGUAAACUGCCUGUUCAGCCAUAAUGGAAAGAAAUGUACGUCAGCUUACCGAUGUCGCAUAUGCGCGGGUCAACAUAAUACAUUGCUACACGAUGCAUUUAUUAAAAACAAACCAGAAAGACCAACAAACACUUCCCAUGUAUCAAAGGAUGAUGACACAUCUGAGAUACUACUGGCAACCGCGGUGGUAAACGUAGAAACAGAUGAUGGGACACAAAUCCAACUUCGAGCCCUCAUCGAUCAAGGGUCCCAGAUAUCUUUAAUAACCGAACAUGCCGCUCAACUUCUCGGAAGCAAGCGCGAGAAAUGCAAAGGAGUCAUCUUUGGGGUUGGUCAACGAGAGAAUCACUGUAAAGGAAUGACAACAAUUACUUGCAGUUCUGUUUACAAUGACUUCAAGUUUCAAACGUCUGUCUUCAUUAUGAACAACCUGAUUAAAAACCUACCAAACAACACCUUUACAAAACCAUCUUGGUCCCACCUACAGAAUAUCAAUCUAGCCGAUCCCGAAUUCAAUAAUAGUCGCAAGGUGGAUUUACUAUUUGGAGCAGACAUUUACUCGCAAAUCAUCCUAGGAGGAAUAAUAAAGGGCGUGGACGCCACUCAGCCUAUUGCACAACAAACUCAUUUAGGUUGGCUUUUAUGUGGCAAUGUGAAAACCUUUCACUGCAAUGUGGUGAUAAACAACCUGGAUGAUAUCAAACAGUUCUGGGAAUCCGAAGACAUAGUUGAUCACUCCAACAUAUCGACGGAAAAUGAAGCCUGUAUUGAAUUUUACUCCAACACUACGCAACGCUUGGGAAGCGGAAAAUAUGUCGUCAGACUACCGAUGAAGGAGGACUUUGAAAGCAGACUUGGGUCGUCCAAGCCAAUGGCUAUCGCCCAACUCAAAACAUUGGAAAGAAAGCUGGAAAAACAAACAAAUUUGGCAAAGGCAUAUAAAGACUUUAUGGCUGAAUACAUUGAACUAGGUCAUAUGAAACAAUCAACAGUCAGUAACAAAACAUACGAGUGUCAUUUACCUCACCACGGCGUGCAACGCGCUGAAUCAACAACAACAAAGUAUAGAGUGGUAUUCAAUGCAUCAGCAAAAACAUCUACAGGUUACAGUUUGAACGACCUCAUGUACAAAGGCCCCAAUCUUCAACAAGAUUUACAAACAUUAUUGAUAAAAUGGAGACAAUACAAAUUUGCUUACACCGCAGAUAUUGAGAAAAUGUUUCGUGCUAUCUGGGUGGCACCUGCAGACCAACCCUUACAACAAAUUGUAUGGCGAGCAUCGCAAGAACAACCUAUUCGUUCAUACCAACUAACAACCGUGACAUACGGAACCAAAGCGGCGCCGUUCUUAGCUAUGAUGACACUCAGGAGAUUAGCAUCAGAUGAACGGGAGCAGUUCCCAGAGGCCGCAAAGGUGCUGGAGGAGUCCUUCUACAUGGAUGAUCUAGUCCAUGGUACCCAUACAAUAGAACAUGGAAAGAAAUUGAUCGCUGACCUGAAACGAUUGUUAAAAAAUGGAGGAUUUAACCUAAGAAAAUGGUCGGCAAACAAUCAAGAAAUUCUAGAAGACAUCUCCGAACAACAAAACAACGAUAAAAUUGUCUUCAACUUCAAAACAGAAAAUACACAAAAAACAUUAGGCUUGUGCUGGAACUCAAGAGAGGAUAAGUUCACCUUUCAAUGCACAAUUUCGGAAGUGAACAAGAAACAAACAAAACGGCGCCUACUAGCCGAAAUAUCUAAACUAUUUGACCCACUCGGCUGGCUGGCUCCUGUAUCAACUAAAUUAAAACUUCUUUUUCAAAAGCUGUGGGACGGAAACUUGCAAUGGGACGACGAGGUGCCCGACAAUAUACAUGCGGAGUGGUGCAAAAUCCAAGCAGAUGUAAGGGCCAUAAACUCUUGCGAAAUACCUAGAUGGCUUAACUGCGGCCAAAAACAAAAAAUGGAGCUACAUGGGUUCAGUGACGCGUCCAUGGAUGCCUAUGCUUGUGUCAUCUACGCUAAGGUCCAGUCAUCAACGGUGCUAGUAGCCGCAAAGUCAAAGAUUGUACCCCACCGUAAAACCACAACAUUGCCAAGACUAGAACUGAAUGGAGCGCACCUUCUAUCGCAAUUAAUGCGCAAGGUCAAACAAUCCUUGAAUCAACCUGAAGUUCAAGCUUAUGGCUGGACUGAUUCCAUGGUGGUCUUGGGUUGGUUACAAGGAGACCCAGCGCGCUGGCAAACCUACGUGGGAAACAGAGUACGAAGUAUUACUGACGUCAUUCCACAAUGCUCAUGGAACUACGUCAAAACAAAAGAGAAUCCCGCUGACGCCGCAAGUCGAGGCCAGUACGCAAGUCAACUGAAAGAAAAUCAAUUGUGGUGGCAAGGGCCGACAUGGUUGCCCUCUCUUAAAACAAAUAACAUUGAAAAACAUAACUACAGCACAAACCAAGAAGAAAAAUCAGUUCAAAAACAAGCAAAUGCAACUCAACACACCCUAGAAAAACCAAGCAUUGUUGAGAAAUUAUUGCAAAACUACAGUUGUAUCGAACAUAUUAUUCGCAUUGUGGCAUGGAUACUCAGAGCAUUGAACCCGAAGCGACGACAGUUACCGAGUUAUCUGACACUGCAUGAAUUGGAUAAUGCAACGAAAGUGCUCGUGAAACAAACUCAACAAAAAUUAUUUGACACCGAUAUUUACUAUUUACGUAAACAAAACACAGUGCAGUAUAACAGCAAGUUAAAGGCGCUUAAUCCGUUCAUUGACCAUCAAGGUGUUCUACGAGUGGGAGGGAGAUUGAGAAACGCCUUACUAAGCGAGAACAUGAAACAUCCGAUGAUCAUUCCACAUGACAGUCGCCUAACUCAUCUACUCAUCGACCAAGCUCAUCGAAUGACUUUCCACGGCGGUCCGAAGCUCACCUUAUCACAUUUACGUGAAAAAUAUUGGAUCGUUGGAGGAACUCGAAUAACCAAGAUGCAAGUCAGAAACUGUGUGACGUGCCGCAAGAACAACCCAACAAUGGAGCACCAACUGAUGGGUAACCUACCGAGUGCAAGAGUAAAUCCAGCACCGCCCUUUUAUCAUACGGGGGUGGAUUACACUGGAUAUGUGGACGUCAAAAUGAACAAAGGUCGGGGAGCGAAGACAACGAAAGGCUACAUAGCCGUGUUUGUAUGUAUGGUGACCAAAGCUGUCCAUAUUGAGCUGGUAUCAGAUCUCACCAGUUCAGCAUUUUUGGCAGCCCUUAACAGGAUGGCAGCAAGAAGAGGCGUCCCUCGUCACUUAUAUAGUGACAACGGGACCAACUUUGUCGGCGCAAACCGCCAAUUGGUUGAGCAAUACGAGGAAAUAGAACAAACAUACAAAAACGAACAAUUACAAAAGGAAAUCGCGGAAAUGAGGAUUGAGUGGCACUUCAAUGCACCCGUUUGGCCAUCAGCGGGAGGAUUGUGGGAACGAGCAGUAAGAAGCCUGAAACAUCACUUGAAACGAGUCGUAGGAGAACAAAAACUGACGUUUGAAGAGUUCACCACAAUACUCACCAAAUUGGAGGCCUGUUUGAAUUCAAGACCGCUGUGCCCACUAAGCGAAAAUAUCGAAGACCUAGACUGCCUGACGCCAGCACAUUUUUUAUCGGGGAGACCGGGCCUGACAGUCAUCGAAACAAAGGAAGAUGCAAGAACAAGAUGGGAACUAACAAGAAAAAUAUUCGCCGAAAUCUGGAAGGCGUGGAAAAACGAAUAUUUGAGCCAACUUACAAUAAGAUCCAAGUGGCACAAACCACAGAAAAAUAUAGAGAUAGGUGAUUUAGUGAUUGUUCACGACGAUCAUACUCCUGCUGGGAAAUGGCUUAUGGGAAGAAUAACAGAACUUCACCCUGGAAAUGAUGGGUAUGUUCGGGUCGUCAGUCUUAAGACAAAAAAUGGACUUAUGAAAAGACCAGUUACAAAACUGUCCAUCUUACCUAUCAACGGUGGCGAUACGGCUGAACAGCAAAAUAGCUCAAAUACCAACAAAAACGAAUCAGACCAACAGACGAACAGCAAGUCGCAAAAUUUGCAUCGAUGCAAAACAACAAACAGAAAAAUAAACUUCAUUGGAUUGGUCUUGACACUACUGUACUUGCUAAAUCCAGCAGCUGCAGCUAACAAAACAAACAUUGUCGAGCUUCAACAAGGACUGUACUUUGAUAAAGUGACAAAUAUGCAACUUAUACGCGGCGAGUGGAAGAUUAUCGUGUAUUAUGACAUCGAGCCUUACUGGCACGGUAUAGCCGCAUCCAGAAAAUUCACCAAUCAUCUAGAAAACAUCUGCGAAAAAAUAAAACAGAAAACACAGUGCAACGUAAUUUUAACACAGCUACAACACUCGAUCAAUGAAAUAAGACACUACAACAAUGUGUUGCUGAAUCCGCAAGGCCGAGCGAAUACGAGAAGCAAACGUGGGCUUAUCAACGGUAUUGGUUCCGUCGCGCGUUCCCUGUUCGGAGUAUUAGAUGACGAGUUCGCAAAACAAUAUCAAGAAGACAUUGACCUAAUCAAGGUUAACGAGAAACACCUGGCACUGUUACUAAGAAAUCAGACAUCCGUGAUCGAAGCAGAGUAUAAUUUACUGAAGAGGUCGGAAGAUGCCGUCGAGAAACAGUACAAAAUGUUUAACCAACAUCUGUUAAACCUAGAGAAGUUUACGACCAAUAUCCAGAAGGAACUGGAUUCCCAAGAACUGUCUAUCGAAUUUGUGAUGUCCUCUAUCACGGCCAACAGCCUCAUUGAACACCUCAGAAACGUCCAGGAAAACCUUAUAGACACCGUAACAAACAUCUAUAAUGGCAAGAUCAACCUACAUCUCAUCGCACCAGAACAGCUCCGAGACGAGUUAAACAUUAUUUCGAGUCAACUGUCCAAAGAUUUAGUUCUACCCAUUAACAACAUUCAAACAGAGUUGUUUCACCUGUAUCAUCUUCUACAAGUAAAGGCGAAAAUGACUGAACGAUACCUUAUAAUUGAAAUAAAGGUACCCCUAAUCAACAGAGAGAACUUCGAGAUAUAUCGAACAAUUCCCAUACCAAAAAGCAAUGACGGAGACAUGGUCACUCUAUUACCUAUUGCUGAAAUGUUAGCAAUCAACAUUCAAAAGGAUUCGUAUAUUCCAAUGACAGAAUCUGAAAUACAUCAAUGCAUACAGCAUGACACGACAACACGAUUGUGUCCACUACAGAAACCCGUAUACCGCAUGAAGUCUGAUGAAAGUCUCUGCAUGAAGAAAAGAGAACCUCCUCACUGCGAAGUCAGACACGAACCUUGCCGAGACAAGUGGUUCGAAUUAAACAAUGCAAAUAAUUACCUAUAUUUUUGCUGUCAACAAUGCAAAAUACGUAUUAUCUGUGGGCAUCAAGUUUCAACGCAACUACUACACCGAGCCGGGGUCAUAACACUCCACGACGGUUGUAUAAUUAGUAGUGAAACCUUUGCGGUUUAUCCCCAAAACCAUCAAAUGAAUAAAAUGCAAGCCGAAGUCGACGUAGGUCCUGCAGAAAUUCCUUCGAUUAACAACAUCAUAAACCUAUCUGUGCCACUAUUCAAACAUCUUCACGAGAAUGAAACGGUAACAGAGCAGAGAUCGCUACUGCAAGAGCUUGGCAAACAAGUGGAGCAGAUGAAAGCUGCAACCUCAGAAGACAUCCUGUCAGAUCAUGCCACACACCACGAUAUCCACCAAUACGUUGCCAUCUACCUAUUAGCUGCUGCAGUAAUUUCCGCGGGGUUUAUUUACGCUUACAAUCGUCUACGCAAACAUUGGACUAAUCAACGAACACAAGAAGCGGCUUCGGUACCACACCCGAUGCCCCGAAGACGGUCGACAGCGAGCAGUGUUGACAACGCCUUAUUCGACGUCACAGACAUGAGUAAUACAGCGCACUUAUCGAGUGCAUGCGCACUCGAUAAAGCAACGUCGCCUAUUGCGCGUAGUAGGUUACCAUAAUUAAGUUAACAUUUUAAGUAAAUUGUGAAACAAUUUAGAUGUAUCCUUAAGUUAUCUUUGUGUGUGGGCAAUAUGUACGAGCUCCGCUGUACAUUGAACCUAACUUACUUGUCCUACUUAAUGUGUCGCGUUGUAAUUUUAUGUGUUUAUCUUUAAUUGUAUAUUAUUACUCAACAACAUGUUAUUUUCAGUAGCAAUAAACCUUUCAUAAGAA